AUGCUUUGUCCAAAGCUAUCCAAAGUCUCCGAGUUCUCCCUUGAAGGUGGCGGCGGGUAUAGUGGAGAAGUAGGAGAUGAAAGACCUCGACUAGCUCGAGCUCUAGCCCUAGCCGCCAGCGCGCCUACGAAACGAAAGGAGGAAUGCAGGAAGAAUUCCCGAGUAAAACGGCAGGCAUCUCAAGUUGAUGAUAGCGGAGAGGAAAGCCCGUCCGACCAACCCAGCAAAAAGAAGCGGCUACGAACAAAAAACCAAGAUCCAAGUAAAGCUUCUCUGCAGCCCUUUGCCUGUCCCUCUUUCCGACACAACAAAAUUCAGAACGCGGAAUGUGGAUCUUGGCGUAACGUCAAGCUUUCUAUGGUCAAGUAUGAUUUUCAUUCCGAGCAUAUUACCACCAAGAAAUUUGAGAUUGGGGGGACUGGCUUCAAUACAGCGCCACGGCAGCACUGUGUAGAGAAACACGUGAAGCCACUACGAUGUGGUCGGUGUAGGAUAUUCAAGGCUGGCACGUCAGAUGAAAUCACCAAGCACCUGCAGGAGGGCGACUGCCAGAAAUCCUAUGCUCCGGACCCGUCGGAAAAAUAUGCUACUGGAAAGGUCAGCGAGAUAGAAAAAGCAAAAACUUGGGAAAGAAUCUACGAAGUAUUACAUCCGCAGGUUAUACCAGACCCGUUUUAUAACGAACAAGCUCAAGGCAAUAUCACCAAUCAUCGCAUCGACAAUCCAUCUCUUGAUGCUAUCCCCGCUGAAUAUGAAAAUACUAUCACCUCGUCCCAGGGAUUCGAUUGGCCUGGAGAAGAUUUAUAUUUACUCCAAGGUAUCGCCUUUCCGCCGUUGGAGUACUGGAGCAUGGAGCGAGAAUAA